CAAUACAAGGAACCAAGAAACUCUCCCUCUGAAACUGGUGACUUCCUCCAAAGUUGAAGGUGAGAAAUUGUGCUGCAGAAAUCACAUUCUCUCAGAAAGCGAUGUGAGCGAUGGACAACAUCUAUGCCAAUGUUGAAUGCAGCAAACCUGGCCAAUCAAGACCUUCAGCAAGUCAGACAGGUCCCAGGAGCUCUGAGAGGAGGUUUCAUGGAGCUGUUGUUGUCUCUCUGAGUCUGCUGAGUGUUCUCCUGCUGGCUGGGCUCAUCGGCCUCGGCGUCCACCACCAUAAAAAUUCAAAUGCAGAACUCUCCGCUGGAGAAGCCAACCUGACUGAGUGUCUUCAGGCCAGUGACAUCAAACUCUCCUCCCUGACUGAAGAGAGAGACCAGCUGAAUAUCAGUCUCACUGAAAUGACUAAAGAGCUGAAGAGGCUUCAGAGUUUGUCCAAACAGAAGAAAACGUGUCCUGCAGGAUGGAGGAUGUUCACUUUUACCUGUUAUUUCCUCUCCACUCAGUCUGAUUCUUGGGAAAAAGCCAGAGAGGACUGCAGAGCCAGAGAAGCAGAUCUGGUGAUCAUAGACAGUCUUGAAAAACAGGAAUUCUUAACUAAAGUCGUCAUCAAGGGCGACUCUUGGAUUGGUUUGACUGACAAAAACAAUGAGAAAACCUGGAAAUGGAUUGAUGGAACUCUACCUACUGUGAAGUUCUGGCAAAAAGGGCAGCCGGAUAAGGGUAAUGGAAAUCCUAAGUGGGGUGAAGAGGACUGUGCAGUUAUCCAACCAGGGAUGAAAACUGAUGAGAACUGGAAUGAUCUGCGGUGUGAUGCCUCUAAGCCAUGGAUCUGUGAAAAAAAUGCCUUAGCACUUACUUAGUUUUAAAAUAAUACAUGUGUUAAUACUUUUAUUAUAUAUGCUAUGACUACGCAGAAGGCCUUUGCUUGUGCGACUGUGUGUGACAGAUAAAGAUAGAGCAUUUCCAUCAA